AUGCCGGCGAAUAACUUGCCGUUCCUCACCUUCUUCCUCCUUUUUCUCGGUAUACUCCGGUUUAAUUCAUUUCUCGGUUUAGAAGCAGCAGCUGGCAAGUUAGAUCCGAUUCCUGGAGUGUAUGUGUUUGGAGAUUCGUUGGUUGAUGUCGGAAAUAACAACUACUUACCAUUUUCGCUAGCCAGAAGUAACUAUCCACGUAAUGGCGUCGAUUUUCCUAAGAAGAAAGCCACCGGAAGAUACUGUAACGGCAAAAACUUCGCCGAUGUUAUUGCGGAGAAAUUUGGUUUACCGUUAACGCCGCCAUACCUCUCGCUAAGAGGGUUACUAAAAUGGAGAAAGAGAGAGUCCGCCGCCGUGACAGGUGUUAACUUUGCCUCCGGCGGUGCCGGAAUCUUUGAUGGCUCCAGCCAAUUUCCCGGACAAGCUAUACCUUUAUCACAACAACUGAAACAUUGGCUCUCUAUUCGUAACGCGCUCACGAGAAAGCUUGGACAAUCCAAAGCACAGAUUCACCUAUCCAAAUCUCUAUUCGUUGUGGUUAUAGGCAGCAAUGAUCUUUUGAAUUAUAUGCGAUCAUCCGAAAUUCGGAAAAAGAGUAGUCCUCAACAAUAUACGCAAUCAGUGGUCGAUAAAUUCAGAGCGCAACUGAAGACAAUUCAGGAGACUGGAGCACGUAGAUUUUUAAUACUCGGAGUACCACAACUCGGUUGCAUGCCGAGUAGAAGAGAGAAGAACUCGACGACCCAUGAAUGCAAUAAAGAGGCAAACAUGUUGGCUUCUUUGUACAACGAAGCUCUGAUAAAAAUGUUACAACAGCUGAAAGAAGAGUUGAAAAGCUCAAUGGCUUACUCUUACUUUGAUAUUUUUAAGUCUCUACAUGACAUUAUCUCCAACCCCGCCCAUUACGGUUUUUCUGACGUAACAUCAGCGUGUUGUGGAAGUGGGGUAUUAAACGCAGAGUUUCCUUGUUUCCCAUUGUCAAACUUAUGUUCAGACAGAACCAAGUAUCUCUUCUGGGAUCGCUAUGGUCAUCCCACAGAAGCUGCUGCUCGGACCAUCGUCAAUUUUAUCUUAUUUGAUGAUUCACAAUACUCAUCUCCUUUAACUCUUACUCAAUUGGUCUCUUCAUGAUCAAUACACGUGGCUUCGUUUUAUUUCUUAAUGCUCCAAACAAUAUG